AUGUUCAAGAAGAAGCCGGACUUGACACUGGCACGCGUGUGGGGCUGCAUGGUGCAGUUCAUGGUCCCCGAGCAGCGGUGCGGCGGGAAGUUGGCGCCGAAGGCCCGUUCGGGGCUUCACCUCGGAGUGUCGGCGGAGAGCAAGGGCUUGGAGGUGCUCGACUUGAUGAACAAUAAGGUCAUCACGACGGUCGAAGCGAUCUUCUACGAGACCCUGUCGAUGGAGAUGUGGAAGGUGGAGUACGGACCGGCGUCGACGACGACACCCUCUACACCGCCGACCGAUUCCUCCUCGGUGCACCCUCCACUGCUCGCCGCGGACGACGAGCUUGAUGAGGACGACGCAGACGACGUCACCCCCUCCCCCCCUCCCCCUGUUCAGGGCUCCCUGUCGGCCGCCGGCGAUGAGGGGAGACUUGGUCAGCGACGGGAAGCAGCAGACGACAGGGGAGUCGUCGAUGUCGAAGAAGACCGCAGAGACGCCGUCGGCAGAGCGCCAACCGCAGAGAAGCUGUCAGCAGAGGCGCCGACCGCAGAGAAGUCGUCGGCAGAGGCGCCGACCUCAGGGGAGCCGUCGGUAGAGGAGAUGCCGACAGGGGAGCAGAUCGACGACGACUCGUCGAGCGACGUUGCGGAAGUCGUCGGUGCGGCCGGCGGCGAUGCAGGGGAGUUAUCGACAGGGGAGCAGUCUGACGACGGCGACGUGGUGGAGGUCGCGGUCGAAGAGGCAAAACCGCGACGGUCUUCCCGCUCCAACAUCAGCAAGCCGCCUGAGAAGCUGAGCUACAACGCUUGUCCGCCGCCGACGACCGACAGUACUAUGCUCGACGACGCGCAGGCCGACAUCGACAUGCCCGAACUCGCCCCUGACGUGCAUGCCGAUCCGGGGCACCACUGGGACAUCGCCAACAUGACGGUGAAAGAGGCGUUGGCGAGCUGGAAGGGAAAGGCGGUGAAGGCCGCCAUGGACGAGGAGAUAUCUCUAACGGCACAUGGGAGCUCGUCGACCGUCCGCGCUCCCGACUACUACAACGAUGGCACCGACCGCAUCUGCAAGCUGUUGAAGAGCUUGUACGGGCUGAAGCAGAGUCCGCUGCUGUGGUACUCGGCGCUCGACGCAGUGCUAACCGGCGCCGACUGGAAGAAGAGCCAGGUCGAUGAGGCGCUGUACUUCAAGGUCGGUGACGACGGAGUGGCGUGCUGGGUGCUCGUCUACGUCGACGAUCUGCUUGCCGCAAGCAGCAGCACUGCGAUGCUGAAGGAUAUGAAAGAGCUGCUGGAGGCCGCUUUUGAGCUGUGCGAAAUCAGCCCAGUCGAUAAGUAUCUCGGGUUGGAAAUCGUGCGCGACCGACAGGCGCGGAAGCUGUGGCUUCACAAGCAAGCCUACGUCGACAAGCUGCGUCGGCGUUUCAUCGACGAGGACCAGACCGGGCGAGUGCCGAAGACGCCGGUCUCCGUCAACGCCUAA